GUUUUUUUAGUUCGUUCUAAAACUCUAGAAAGCUUUGUACCAUUUCCAAGUCUCUCUCGGCCAAGAAGUUUGUGAUCUUAAAAAGUCAAAAUAUAUGUAACAAAUGCUUUGAAUUAUAAUACGUUUCGAGAAGGCCUGUGAUUUUCUAGAGAGUUUCUUCAAAGUUGAAUUAUUGACAAAAACUUUGUAGAAUCUUUAUUAGGCUUUGAAGCUUUCUCGUUAGAGAUUAAAAGAUUGUUAACUAAACAUGUUUAAGAGAAGGAAUGCGCACCAACUUGAUGAUGGUUCUCAGCAUGAUAACAAGGUUAGAGAAUUGAGAUCUGCGAUAGAGCCGCUCUCUGGACAAAGUUUAGUGUUCUGCUCUGAUGCUUCCUUGAGGAGAUAUUUGGCUGCUCGUAACUGGAAUGUGGAGAAAGCCAAAAAAAUGCUUGAGGAGACUCUCAAGUGGAGAUCAACAUACAAACCUCAAGAGAUCCGUUGGAAUCAAGUAGCACAUGAAGGUGAGACCGGUAAAGUUUCAAGAGCUAGUUUUCAUGAUAGACAAGGCAGAGUAGUACUUAUAAUGAGACCAGCAUUACAGAACUCAACAUCAGCAGAAGGUAAUAUCAAGCAUUUGGUAUAUCUUCUUGAAAAUGCAAUCCUCAAUCUUCCCAAGGGACAAGAACAAAUGUCUUGGCUCAUUGAUUUCACUGGUUGGUCUAUGGCUGCUAAUGUCCCUAUGAAAACAACACGUGAGAUUGUCUACAUUCUACAGAAUCAUUACCCUGAGAGACUCGGUAUCGCCUUUCUCUACAAUCCACCAAGACUCUUCCAAGCAGUCUACAGGGCUGUUCAGUACUUCUUGGACCCAUGUACAGCUCAAAAGGUCAAGUUUGUGUACCCUAAAGACAAAACAAGUGAUGAACUGAUGAUAUCACACUUUGAUGUUGAGAAUCUUCCCAAGGAGUUUGGAGGAGAAGCAACACUAGAGUAUGAUCAUGAGGAGUUCUCAAAACAAAUGUGUGAAGAUGAUGUCAAAACAGCAAAGUUCUGGGGACUGGAAGAGAAACAGUAUCCUAAACCAAACGGUUUCUCUCCAGCCGAUGUUGUUCUUGAGCCAGCCAAUUCUCUUGCAUCAGCAGCUAGCUGAGAGUUAUAUAUAUACACACAGAAACAAGAAAAGAUGAAUAGUAAAGGUUUAUUCUCGUCGAAGAAGAGCCAAUAAAAAGUCAUGUUUACUUAGAUAACUAAUAAGGUUCCAAGUCUUUGCUUAGUGAGCCAAAGACUUUUUUUUUUAAUGUUAUAAUAGAGACGUUCCUUCUCAUGAAUGUUGUAUGUGUGAGAAUAUUGUUACCGUGUGUAAUUGUUUUGUGUUUAGUAA